GCACAAGCUUCCUCCUUCCCACAUGGGCACCGUCUCCUCCUUCCCCAAUUGCAAGCUCCAUUCGCGCUCCUCGUCCUCCGCUGCCUCCAGCCUAGUCCCAUCUCUGCUCGAUUGGAGAGGUUUGGGCCAUGCUUCCUCCUCGCGCGCCACGUUCUCGACGGAAUUUCUCGUCUACACAGGAGCCAAGGAACGCUAGAAUUAGACGCUUCCCGGGGUCCCUUUUAGUUCCCCUCUAACGAAUCAUAGGUUUGCAGUUUGGUGUGGACGUAUCCUGUGAUUUGUGGAUGGUUUUGGUGUAGAGUUUAGAGAGAUCAAGAACUUCCAACUUGGGGUUUCCUGUAGCCUUUUUUAGCUGUUCUGGGGCUUUUAUGGGAGUGCCCGUCGCGCAGAAGUCCGAUUCUUGGGUGACUGUGCUUGCGAUGACGGACAGCGGCGGCCUCGGCGUUCGGCCUAUUAACGGAGGCCGAGGGAGUGCCGUGGAGCAGCGUGGGCUCGGACUCGGAGACAACGGGCCUCCAGUGUCCCCACCAGAGCGUGUUUCUACGCCGCCUGCGCCGAGACUAGCUGCUUGGUGGCGCAUGUCGUCGCCUGGUCCUCUCCGGUGCUCAACCCCGAGGAGCGUUGGAUGUGAAGAUGGUGAUGAUUCGGAUAGGUACUUUUCCCCACAGAGUGAGUUUUCUCAAGACACUUCUGAUACAGAUUCGAUGAGCACAAGUAUUAGUAGGAUGUAUACCUUCAGGUUAGGGACUUCGAGCCCAUUAGAUAGUCCUAUCAAACAAUUGGGAGUAGGAGACACAAGUCCUCCCUCAAGGAAGGGUUGCCAUUCUCCUAGAUAUCCUUGGAAUUCUUGCCGGGGAUCAGAUGAUGUUGAUUCUAGCUUUAUGAGUUCACCUCGGCAUGAUGAUGAAGAGAGGAAAUAUGAUGUGCAACCAAUUGAUUUUGAGAGUAGACACAUCUGGUAUCCUCCACCACCUCAGGAUGAAAAUGGUACUUUUCAAUAUGAUGAGGAUGAUGACAAUGAUGUUUGUGAUGGGAAGGUCUUUGGACAUAUUAACCAUGAUUAUUGUGACGGCGAAGAUGAUGAUGAUGUGUUAGGGAUCAAAGGAAAACAUAGUAUAUCUCACAAAGAGUUCUUGAGGAGUGCUUUACAUGGGCAUUUCAGGGCUCUCGUCUCACAAUUGCUCGAAGGACAUGGCAUUGAUCCUGUGGAUGGCUGGCCAGACAUAGUAUCCUCAUUAGCUUGGCAAGCAGCUACCUUUGUCAGGCCAGACACGAGCAAAGGUGGUAGCAUGGAUCCCACAGACUAUGUCAAAGUCAAAUGCGUAGCAUCAGGAAAUCCAAAUGAUAGUGCUUUCAUUAAAGGUGUUGUUUGUUCUAAGAAUGUAAAACACAAACGCAUGGUGUCAAAACAUGAGAACCCUAGGCUGCUUCUUUUGGGAGGAGCACUAGAAUACCAGAAAGUCACGAACAAACUAGCUUCAAUAAACAGCAUUCUUGAACAGGAAAAGGAGUAUCUUAAGAAUGCUGUUGCAAAGAUAGAGGCUCAACGCCCACAAGUCUUGCUAGUUGAGAAAAGUGUGCCAUUGCAUGCACAACAGCUUCUUGCAAAAGAUAUCUCUUUAGUAUUGAACGUCAAGAGAUCACUUCUGGAAAGAAUUUCUCGCUGCACAGGUGCUCAAAUUGCAUCUUCUGUUGAAAAUAUCACUUCUACAGGAGUUGGACAAUGCCAAACAUUCUGGAUUGAGAGAGUUACAGAAUGUUCAUCACCGAAGGUCUCAAACAAAAACACAGUCAAGACACUGAUGUUUUUUGAUGGUUGUCCAAGACGCUUGGGGUGCACGGUUCUUCUAAGAGGAAAAUCAUAUGAAGAGUUAAAGAAAGUCAAACUUGCUGUACAGUAUGCUUUAUUUGCAGCAUACCACCUGUCACUUGAAACCUCAUAUCUUGCUGACGAGGGUGCAACACUUCCAAAAGUCCCUUCAGACCUUCAACUUGAGAAGCCGAAUUCUUCCUCAAGAUACUAUCAGCAGAAUUUGAUUGAAUUUCAAACCAUUGAAGGGGAAACUUAUGGAGCUGGAUGCAUCACACCUUGCCUUAAUGGCUCUGCAAAUCAAUCUCAUUCAAGAGAUGACAUAAUUCAUGAGGAACAUGCACACUGUCAUUCAAGAUCUGACUUAAGUUGGGAAGAAUAUACUGGUGGAACCAUUGAUGUAUACCCUUAUUCCACAGAAGCUUCAAUGUAUAGUAGCUGUAUGCCACCUGUAUGCAUGACUGUUCAGACACCUAAAAGUUCACUUGCCAGUGCGAGAAAAAGUACACCAGGAAAUUUGUUUUUUUCCAAUAAUGUUCACAUAGAUGAAGCAGGUGGUGGAAUGUCAAAGGUUGAUAAUGACGUCCUUGACUUGGAUAAUGGUUGGAAUCAUAUCUCAGAUGAAGAUUCUGUAGCAAUACAUGAUCACAACGGUAAUCACAAUGAAUAUUUUCCAACAUCUGACAGUCCACAGAGCAUUUUGGUUUCCUUGUCAAUUGCAUGCCCUCUGAGAGGAAUUGUAUGUAAGCAGUCUCAGCUAUUUCGUAUAAAGUUCUAUGGUACUUUUGAUAAGCCGCUUGGAACGUAUUUUCGUGAAGAUUUAUUUGUUCAGACAUCAUGCUGUGAAUCCUGCAAGGAGCCUGCAGAAUCUCAUGUGCGAUGUUACACUCAUCAACAAGGCAGUCUCACAAUCAGUGUCAAAACUCUUCCAUCUGUGAAGCUACCCGGGGAGCUUGAUGGGAAGGUAUGGAUGUGGCACAGGUGUCUCAGGUGCAAACCAAAAGAUGGAAUUCCUCCAGCCACACAAAGGAUAGUCAUGUCAGAUGCAGCACGUGGAUUAUCUUUUGGGAAGUUUCUGGAACUUAGUUUUUCAAAUCACACAACAGCCAAUCGAAUUGCCUGCUGUGGACACUCCCUCCAAAGGGACUGCCUUCGUUUCUAUGGGCUUGGGAGCAUGGUUGCUGUCUUCCGUUAUUCACCAGUAGACAUUCUUUCUGUCAACUUGCCAUCCUCAGUACUGGACUUUGCUUGUCCAAAAGCUCAAGAUUGGAUCAUCAAAGAAGCUGUUGAUGUAUGCGCUAGGAAGGAACAUCUGUAUAGGGAAAUCGUUGCUAAACUUGACUGCAUCGAAAAGAUAGUUAAAGACCAGAACAUUGGUAUGAAGUCAGGCUUGCAUAAACAUGUUGCUGAUCUUAAGGAGUUGGUUAAAGUUGAGUGGAAGAAGUAUGACGUUGUAUCAGCGUUUUCUAUCGUAGAUAACUUGCAGACAUUUGAACCGUAUAUAGAUGUUCUAGAGCUCAAUCUCCUGAGGAGAGAGCUUGUACAUGAUAUUCACGUAUGGGAUCGCAGACUGUACAUGAUGCACUCCCUCACGAAAGAGAACUGUCGUACUAUGCCAAAUGACGCACAAUUUUCUGAGAAGUUUACUGAAAGCUCAUUAGAACAAUCAAAGGAUGUGACAUCUGGUAAACAUUUGAAUGCUGAGAGUUCUCUAGAACAGAAUCAACCAAGUACGUUGGAAGUGGCUGCAGUUUCAGUGAAAUCAUCCCCUAUGACGGAACAAACCAACACUAGCAUUUCACAUUUGGCAUUGGAAACCACCAUUAUGGGUGAUGCAUCCAUGCAUUCUGUCUCAACUGUUAUCAGCUUUGCCCCAGGCUCGUAUGAAAUGCAGAGUGAAGGAGUGCUGGCUGAACUAGAAGCUGGAAAGACUUUGCAGAAAUCACAAUCUUCUGCCUCCAAUCUUUCUGAUAGAAUUGACUUAGCAUGGACUGGUUCUGGUCAGCUUGUUAACGAUUCAUCAAGUAGCAUGGAGGCAGUUUCAUUCAUACCUGCUAGUCUGAAGGAUAAUCCUGCAUACCAGAAGGUUAUAGCACCCAUUAGAAUCAAAUCGUUUGAUUCUGCUAUAAGUUCCAGAAAUGUUGAUGAUUCAAAUGCUAGUAUAAGAAGAUCUUAUUCUCAAAGGCCCCCAAAGGCUAUUGAGAGAACUGGUAAGGGUCUGUCACCAACAUUCUUGAACAAGCUCUCACUUCCUGGUAUGAUUCAUGGCGAGAGUCGGUUGCUGCUGUCACAAAAUGAUUCAGGUGUUAUUGUUCCAAUUUAUGAUGAUGAACCAUCUAGCAUGAUAGCCCAUGCCAUGACUGUUCCAGAAUAUCACAGCUUCUUGUUGCCACUUCUGUAUCAGAAUAAUGAAUCUAAUUUAUUGAAUUAUGGUUCUGAUCAGCCUCAACCUAUAACUAGAAAUGAUUCUAAGUAUAACCAUUUCACUAUUUCUUUUGAGGAUGAAGACUCAAAUUCCGUUGAUAAAGCAAAAUUUUCUGUGACAUGUUAUUUUGCAAAGCAGUUUGAUGCAAUCAGGAGAAAGUGCUGUCCAGAUGAACUAGACUAUAUCCGCUCCUUAAGUCGCUGCAAGCGAUGGAGUGCUCAAGGUGGCAAGAGUAAUGUCUACUUUGCCAAAACACUAGAUGACAGAUUUGUGAUAAAGCAAGUGACCCGGACAGAAUUAGAUUCAUUUGAGGAUUAUGCUGCUGAUUAUUUCAAAUAUUUGAUAGACUCUGUAUCAUCUGGAAGCCCAACUUGCCUCACUAAAGUCCUUGGUCUUUAUCAGAUCAUUGCCAAGAAUUUGAGAGAUGGGAAAGAGCUGAAGAUGGAUGUAAUGGUCAUGGAAAACCUAUUUUUCAAGAGAAAGGUAUCAAGAAUAUAUGACCUAAAGGGUUCUUUGCGUUCCCGCUACAACCCUGAUACUUCAGGGAACAACAAGGUUCUCUUGGAUCUUAAUCUGUUAGAGACACUUCACACAAAGCCCAUUUUUCUUGGAAGCAAAGCAAAAAGAAGGCUAGAACGAGCUGUCUGGAAUGAUACUUCUUUUCUGGCAUCGGUGGAUGUGAUGGACUACUCUCUCCUAGUCGGCAUUGAUGAAGAAAGGAAAGAGCUUGUGAUGGGGAUUAUCGACUAUCUUCGGCAAUACACUUGGGACAAACAACUAGAGACUUGGGUGAAGGCGACAGGAUUUCUUGGUGGCUCCAAGGAUGUUCUGCCGACCAUUAUAUCUCCUGACCAGUACAAGAAGAGGUUCAGGAAGGCCAUGUCCAAGUACUUCUUGGCUCUUCCUGACCAAUGGUCACCGUAACGCCAACAAUGCAUCCAGGCCAUUCCAAGCGCGGCGACAGGGAAGACCACUCCGGUUUUCUUUUUCUUUUUCUCUCCCUUCUGUUUCUUUUAGGACGAUCUAUCCAUCUGUGCCUAUUGUAUGCUGUUUUUGUUCACAACAGGCAGGAUGAACUCUGUGGAAGAUUGUGGCGAUUGUUGUCCAGCCAAGCAGAGGUUAGGCGUCAAUACGUGUACAUACCCUACACUGUAACAUGAAAUUGCAAAGGAAAUGAAAAUACGCGAACUCGCGAGUUCCUU